AUGAAGUAUGGCUGGAUGAAGCAGACAGCUACAUUAUGUUCUAUGAAGGACUGCAUGAGAGCUCUUGUAGCCCAAUCGAAGUCUGAAAGUGAAGACUUGCAGCAGGUCAUUGCAAGUGUUUUGAGGAACUUGUCCUGGCGAGCAGAUGUAAACAGUAAAAAGACUCUACGUGAAGUUGGAAGUGUGAAAGCAUUGAUGGAAUGUGCUUUAGAAGUUAAGAAGGAAUCCACCCUAAAAAGCGUUUUGAGUGCCUUAUGGAAUUUGUCAGCACACUGUACUGAGAACAAAGGUGAUAUAUGUGCUGUUGAUGGUGCUCUUGCAUUUCUAGUUGGUACACUGACAUACCGGAGCCAAACAAACACUUUAGCCAUCAUAGAAAGUGGAGGAGGAAUAUUAAGAAAUGUUUCUAGCUUAAUUGCUACUAAUGAGGACCACAGGCAAAUCUUGCGAGAGAACAGCUGCUUACAAACCUUGUUACAGCAUUUGAAGUCACACAGUUUGACAAUAGUCAGUAAUGCAUGUGGGACCCUGUGGAAUCUUUCUGCACGAAAUGCAAAAGAUCAGGAGGCGCUGUGGGACAUGGGAGCAGUGAGCAUGCUCAAAAAUCUCAUUCACUCAAAACACAAAAUGAUAGCAAUGGGCAGUGCUGCAGCUCUAAGAAACCUGAUGGCAAAUAGGCCAGCAAAAUAUAAGGAUGCCAACAUUAUGUCUCCAGGAUCAAGCUUACCAUCUCUUCAUGUUAGAAAACAAAAGGCGCUGGAAGCAGAAUUAGAUGCUCAGCAUUUAUCAGAGACUUUUGACAACAUAGAUAAUUUAAGCCCAAAAGCAUCUCACCAUAAUAAGCAGAGACAUAAGCAAAAUACAUACAAUGAGUAUGUUUUGGAUUCCAGUCGACAUGAUGAUGGGAUUUACAGAUCAGAGAGUUUUAAUACUGGUCAUAUGACUGUACUUUCACCAUAUUUAAAUGCUACAGUAUUGCCUGGCUCCUCUUCCUCUAGUAGAGGAAACAUAGAAAACUCUCGAUCUGAGAAAGACAGAAGUCUUGAUAGGGAUGGAGCAGUAGGUUUAAAUAGCUAUCAUCCAGCUACAGAGAAUACUGGGAACUCCUCUAAGAGAACAGGAAUGCAGAUUACUGCUGCAGCUCAGAUGAUUGCCAAAGUUAUGGAAGUAACAAGCAUGCAUAUUCCACAAGAAGACAGAAGUUCUUGUUCCACUUCUGAAAUGCACUGUUUGACAGAAGACAGAAAUGUCCCAAGAAGAACAGCUGCUGCCCAUACUCACUCAAAUACAUACUUUCCUAAAUCUGAGAAUUCAAACAGGACAUGUCCUAUGCUUUAUACAAAAAUGGAAUACAAGAGAGCUUCAAAUGAUAGUUUAAAUAGUGUCAGCAGCAGUGAUGGCUAUGGUAAAAGAGGCCAAAUGAAACCUUCCAUUGAAUCUUACUCGGAAGAUGAUGAAAGUAAAUUUUGUAGUUAUGGUCAAUACCCAGCUGACUUGGCACAUAAGAUACAUAGUGCAAAUCAUAUGGAUGACAAUGAUGAAGAGCUAGACACUCCUAUUAAUUAUAGUCUUAAAUAUUCGGAUGAACAGUUAAAUUCUGGAAGGCAAAGUCCCUCUCAGAAUGAAAGAUGGGCAAGGCCUAAGCAUAUAAUAGAUGAUGAAAUAAAACAAAAUGAACAAAGACAGUUAAGGAGCCAAAAUGCAACUUUUUCCACAUACACUGAAAGUGGAGAUGAUAAGUGCAUGAAAUAUCAGUCACCUUUUGGACAGCAAGAGUGUGUUUCUUCUUUUAGAUCAAGAGGAUCCAAUGGUUCAGAGCAGAGCAGAGUAGGCUCAACUCUUGGAAUUAAUCAGAAAGUAAACCAGUCCUUGUGCCAGGUUGAUGAUUAUGACAAUGAUAAGCCAACCAACUAUAGUGAACGCUACUCCGAGGAGGAACAACACAAAGAGGAAGAAGACAGACCAACUAAUUAUAGCAUAAAGUACAAUAAAGAGGAACAUCAUGUUGAUCAGCCUAUUGAUUAUAGUCUAAAAUAUUCAACAGAAGUUCCUCCCUCUUCUCAGAAACCAUCUUUUACUUUUUCAAACAGUUCAUCAGUGCAAAGCACUAAAACUGACCAUAUUUCCUCAAGCUGUGGGAACAUAUCAACCCCUUCAGGUAGUUCAGAGAGACAGAAUCAGCUUCACCCAAGUUCUGCACAGAGUAGAAGCAGUCAUGCUCAAAAAACUGCCUCCUGUAAGACUCCCUCUAUUAAUCAGGAAACUAUACAAACUUACUGUGUGGAAGAUACACCAAUAUGUUUUUCAAGGUGUAGCUCUUUGUCGUCUUUGUCAUCAGCUGAAGAUGAAAUAGGACGUGAUCAAUCCACACAUGUGACAGAUGCUAAUAACACAUUACAGAUAGCAGAACUAAAGGAAAACAAUGGGAUUCUGUCUACAGAAGGUACAGUAAGUGAAGUUGCAUCAGCAUCUCAGCACAUCACAACAAAAUCCAGUAGACUUCAGACUCCUAGUUUAUCUCCUUCUGACUCUUCUAGACAUAAAGCUGUUGAAUUUUCUUCAGGUGCCAAAUCUCCCUCAAAGAGUGGUGCACACACUCCUAAAAGUCCACCAGAACAUUAUGUGCAGGAGACUCCACUCAUGUUUAGCAGAUGUACUUCUGUAAGUUCCCUGGAUAGUUUCGAAAGCCAUUCAAUUGCUAGUUCAGUUCAAAGUGAGCCUUGCAGUGGAAUGGUAAGUGGUAUUAUAAGUCCCAGUGAUCUUCCAGACAGCCCUGGACAAACAAUGCCUCCAAGCAGAAGUAAAACUCCACCCCCUGCUCAAGGAGCUCAAGUAAAGAGGGAAGUAGCUAAAGGCAAAGUACCUAAUGCAGAAAAGAGAGAGUCUGGUCCUAGACAGGUAGCUAUAAAUGAAUUUGUUCAAAGAGUUCAGAUACUGCCAGAUGCUGAUACAUUAUUACAUUUUGCCACAGAAAGUACACCGGAUGGAUUUUCUUGCUCUUCUAGCCUAAGUGGUCUGAGUCUUGAUGAACCAUUUAUACAGAAAGAUGUAGAGUUAAGAAUAAUGCCUCCUGUACAUGAAAAUGAACAUGGAAAUGAAGCAGAACCUGAACAGCCAGAUGAUACAAAGGAUAACCAAGAGAAGAAAGCAGAGAAGCCUACUGAAGCAGAAAAGGACAUUAUGGAUGAUUCCGAUGAUGAUGAUAUUGAAAUAUUGGAAGAAUGUAUUAUUUCUGCAAUGCCAACAAAAUCUUCACGUAAAGCCAAAAAGCCUUCUCAAGCAUCUGCUUCAAAAAUACCUCCUCCUGUAACCAGAAAGCCAAGCCAACUGCCAGUUUACAAACUUUUGCCUUCACAAACUGGAUUGCAGUCCCAAAAGCGUGUGAGUUUUACACCUGGAGAUGAUAUGCCACGGGUAUAUUUUGUUGAGGAUACACCAAUAAAUUUUUCAACAGCUACAUCUUUGAGUGACCUCACAAUAGAAUCACUACCGAAUGAGUUAGCCAAUGUAGAGAAUGUGGGUACAAGGGCAGAGUCAGGGGAGUUUGAAAAGAGAGACGCCAUUCCUACAGAAGGUAUAAGUACAGAUGACUCUCGUAGAGCAAAAAGCUCAACUAGGACUGCCCCAGGACUGGAUGAUGACAAAACAGAAGAAGGUGAUAUUCUGGCCGAAUGUAUUAACUCAGCUAUGCCAAAAGGAAAAAGUCACAAACCUUUCAGAGUGAAGAAGAUAAUGGAUCAAAUUCAACAAACAUCUUUAUCUGUAAGUAACAAAAAUCAGUCAGAACAUGAUAAAAAGAAGCCAACAUCACCAGUAAAGCCCAUUCCCCAAAAUAAUGAAUAUAGAGCACAUGUAAGAAAAAACACAGAGCCUAAAAGCUAUAUUAAUAAUGAAAGAAGCUAUUCAGAGAACAGAGACACAAAGAAACAGAAUCUUAAAAAUAAUUCAAGAUAUUUUAAUGACAAACUUCCAAAUAAUGAAGAGCGUGUAAAAGGAAGCUUUGCAUUUGAUUCCCCUCAUCAUUACACACCUAUUGAGGGAACUCCUUAUUGUUUUUCACGAAAUGAUUCCCUAAGUUCUUUAGAUUUUGAUGAUGAUGAUGUUGACCUUUCAAGGCAGAAGGCAGAAUUGCGAAAAGGAAAAGCAAAGGAAACAGAAACUGAAGACUGCACUAAUACAGAACAGUCUUCAAAUCAGCAACCAAGUAAUAGGACACAAGUUUGCCAAAAAUACCCAACAGGCAGAAGCCAACCUAAAACUUUCUCUCAGUCAACUAAAGAUAUUCCAGACAGAGGAGCAGCUACAGAUGAGAAAAUGCAGAAUUUUGCUAUUGAAAACACACCUGUAUGUUUUUCUCGCAAUUCAUCUCUUAGUUCCUUCAGUGAUAUUGAUCAAGAAAACAACAACAAAGAAAGUGAACCUGCAAAACAAACUGAGGCUCCUGAUUCACAGAUAGAAUCAAAUAGACCACAGACUUCUGGUUAUGCACCUAAAUCAUUUCAUGUUGAAGAUACUCCUGUAUGUUUCUCUAGAAACAGCUCUCUGAGUUCUCUUAGUAUUGACUCAGAAGAUGAUCUGUUGCAGGAAUGCAUUAGUUCUGCUAUGCCUAAAAAGAAAAAACCCUCAAAAGUAAAGAGUGAAAGUGAAAAAAAUAAUUCCAGAAAUAUGGGUGAUAUAUUGGCAAAAGAUUUAACACUGAAUUUGAGAGAGAUACAGGGGCCGGAUUCAGAACAUGGUUUCUCACCUGAUUCAGAGAACUUUGAUUGGAAAGCUAUACAAGAAGGUGCAAAUUCUAUAGUUAGUAGCUUGCAUCAAGCUGCAGCUGCUGCAUCACUGACUAGACGAGCUUCAUCAGACUCUGACUCUAUCCUUUCAUUAAAAUCUAGUAUUUCUCUAGGGUCACCAUUUCAUCUUACCCCAGACCAAGAAGAAAAGCCUUUUACUAGUAAUAAAGGUCCAAGAAUUCUUAAGCCAGGGGAGAAGAGUACAUUGGAGUCUAAAAAAGUAGAAUCUGAAAAUAAGGGAAUCAAAGGAGGAAAAAAAGUAUAUAAAAGUAUAAUUACAGGAAAAGCUUGCUCCAAUUCAGAAGUUUCAAGCCAGUUAAAGCAAUCACAGCAAACAAGUAUGACUUCAAUUUCACGUGGUAGGACAAUGAUUCAUAUUCCGGGAGUUCGAAAUAGUUCCUCAAGUACUAGUCCUGUUUUCAAAAAAGGUCCCCCACUAAAAAACGCAAACUCCAAGAGUCCCAGUGAAGGCCAAAGUUCCAUUAGUUUUCCAAGAGGAGUCAAGUCAUCAGUGAAACCUGAGUCAACUCCUGUAACUAGGCAACCAUCUCAACAGAGUGGAUCAAGUAAAGGACCUUCUAGAUCAGGAUCUAGAGACUCCACUCCUUCUAGACCUCAACAGCAGCCAUUAAGCAGGCCUCUGCAAUCUCCAGGCCGAAACUCAAUUUCCCCAGGAAGAAAUGGUAUAAGUCCUCCCAACAAACUGUCUCAGUUGCCAAGGACAUCAUCUCCUAGUACAGCUUCAACUAAAUCUUCAAGUUCAGGAAGAAUGUUAUAUACAGCACCAGGCAGGCAGAUGAGCCAGCAAAACCUUACAAAGCAAACUGCCUUACCUAAGAGUACCAGUGGCAUUCCCAGAAGUGAGUCUGCUUCAAAAGGAUUAAACCAAAAUCUCAAUAGUGGUGGAUCAAACAAAAAGGCUGAACUAUCCAGAAUGUCAUCCACAAAAUCUAGCGGAAGUGAAUCUGACAGAUCUGAAAGACCUGUUCUAGUUCGUCAGUCAACUUUUAUUAAAGAAGCUUCGAGUCCAACUCUAAGACAGAAAUUAGAAGAGUCUGCUUCAUUUGAAUCUCUGUCUCCUUACAGGCCAGGCUCUCCCACUAGGUCCCAAAUACAGACUCCAGUUUUAAGUCCAUCUCUUCCCGAUAUGUCUUUAUCCACUCAUUUAACUGCCCAGACUAGCGGUUGGCAAAAUUUACCCCCUAAUCUGAGUCCUUCUGUAGAAUAUGAUGGGAGACCAGCAAAACAUCAUGACAUAGCUCGUUCUCAUUCUGAGAGUCCAUCUAGAUUGCCAAUCAAUAGAACAGGAACAUGGAAGCGUGAACAUAGUAAGCAUUCCUCAUCGCUUCCUCGUGUAAGCACUUGGCGAAGAACUGGAAGUUCUUCCUCAAUUCUGUCAGCUUCUUCAGAAUCCAGUGAAAAGGCAAAAAGUGAAGAUGAAAAGCAACAUGGAAGUUCUGUUUCUAGACACAAACAAAGUAAAGAAAGUCAAGCACCAGCAAAAGGUACUUGGAGAAAAAUAAAAGAAAAUGAAAUUCCUCAAAUAAUGAAUGAUCCUCAGUAUUCUUCCUCAGGUGCAACAAAUGACUCUGAUUCCAAAACUCUAAUUUAUCAGAUGGCACCAGCUGUCUCUAAAACAGAGGAUGUGUGGGUGAGGAUAGAGGACUGCCCUAUUAAUAAACCUCAAUCUGGAAGAUCCCCAACUAGAAGUACUCCCCCUGUUAUUGACAGUGUUUCAGAGAAAGGGAGUGUGAAUGAUAAAGAUUCUAAAGAGAUUAAUGAAAAACAAAAUCCAGGGUAUGGAAAUGUUCCUGUUCAUACCAUUGGUUUAGAAAAUUGUCCAAACUCUUUCUUUCAGAUAGACAGUCCAGACAAGAAAGGAACGGAAGCAAAACCUGUACAGAAUAAUCUUCUUCCUGCACCAGAAAAUAAUGAAAGUACUGUUAGUGAGCGUACACCAUUCAGUUCCAGUAGCUCAAGCAAACAUAACUCCCCCAGUGGUACUGUUGCAGCAAGAGUGACUCCUUUCAACUACAGUCCAAGUCCCAGGAAGAGUAGUGCGGACAACAAUUCUGCUCGGCCAUCACAAAUACCAACGCCAAUAAAUAACAGCACAAAGAAACGUGACUCAAAGACUGAAAAUACAGACUUCAGCGGAACUCAGAGUCCUAAACGUCAUUCUGGCUCUUACCUGGUGACUUCUGUUUAAGUACAUCAAAAAAUAAAUGCAAUUGAUGUAUUAUAUACAGCAGCUAUUUAGAAAUUUUGUUUCAAAUGAAACUUUAAAAGACUGGGUGUUGGUUUUAUUUGUUGUUUUUAUCUUUUGUAAAUAGGUUUGAUUCUUGUUAGAGGGUCCUUGUUCUGGAAGCCAUAUUUGAUAGUAUACUUUGUCUUCACCGGUAAUAUUUUGGAGGAAUGCCUAAUUGACAGCUUGGAAUAAAAUUGCUAAUGCAAUUAUAUUUGUACAGUAUGUUUAUCAUAUUUAAUUAGCAUCCCAUCCUAUAAUCCUUUAAACAUUGCUUGUCUUGAAAUCAUGAGCAUUACAGAUAGAGAUGAUACAGUCAUAUUGCUUUAUCAAUUGUUUAUGGAUUACAGACUGACUAAACUACAUCAAGGAAGAAUUGGUAUUAUUUAUGCAAAAAAGUAACUCAAUUUUAGUA